AUGCCCGAGGACAUUCCUCUGACGCCCGAGGGCACCAGCCUGGCUGGCAAGACAGCACUUGUCACCGGUGGCAACAAGGGCCUUGGUUUCGAAGUUGCCAGGCAGUUCCUGCUGCUAAAUGUUUCCCGCUUGAUCAUCACCGCACGCGACGAGGCCAAGGGCAGAGCCGCAGUGGCUGCCCUCAAGUCUGACCCGGAAGUUAUCGCGGCCAGCUACCAAGACGAAACCGAGCCCAAGAUCGAGUUCUUUCUGUUGAACCUCGAUGACUACCAGUCCGGUGUCCUGUUUACCCGAAAGGUUAACGCGGAAAUCCGUGAGCUCCAUAUCCUGGUCUUGAACGCCGGUAUCAAUAUCUUUGAGUAUCAAACCAGCAAGACCGGCCAUGAGAAGAUCAUGCAAGUCAACUGCUACACCCACUUCCUCAUCGUACUCACCCUGAUGUCCCUGCUACGCAAGACUUCCAAGAAAUACUAUACCCCGAGCCGCAUCACCUUCGUGGGUUCCUACAGCCAGGACCAGCACAGUUUCGAGGAGAUCCCAAUUCCCGCUAGCCAGAGCAUCAUGGAUUACUACGACGACAAGACCAUCUUUCGCCGUUUCAGACGAUACCAGGAUAGCAAAUUUGUGGUCAACGCUUUUGUGCAGCAGCUGGCUCGUAUCACGUCCUCUACUGAAGUCAUCAUCAACAAUGUUUGCCCUGGUGUGGUUCAGACCAACCUGAACCAGACUGCGCCCCUUUGGUUCAAGCCUUUUAUGUGGGCUUACACCAAGGUGUACAGACGGACUUUGCACGAGGGUGGUCGGAUUAUUGUCAAGGCUGCUGUGGUUGUUGGUAAUGAGAGUCACGGUUUGUUUGUUCAGAACAGUCUAAUGGAUCAGGGUGCGCCGUUCCUGGCGGGAGAAGCUGGUCGCCACUUCGGACAGGAGCUCUGGAAUGAGGUUGUUGAUGAUGUUGAGAGAGUCUUCGCCCAGCCCCGAGUUUGA